GCACGAAGGAGAGAUCACCCACUACCGCGCGGGAGAAUACGCGUCCUCGCACGACCUUGCGGGAGGAGACGCCUGCUCCAAUGACUGCGAGUGAGGAGCCGCGUCCUACCACGACAACGUGGGAACGGAAGAAUGCUCCCUCGACCGCACAGGAGCAGACACCUUCUCCCACGACCAUGCGGGAGCAGACGAGUACUCCCGCGACGCAGUCCGGACCCUCGUUGUCGUUGCCUCUUUCUCGUCAUUUUAUCCCAGCAUCCGCUCCGACCGCUCCCGUUCGGCACGACGAGUGCUCACCUGCACCGGUUGGGAGGGAGGACUUGGGAUCCUCAUUGCGCAUGUGCGGGCAUGGAUCAUUGUUUAGCGUAGCCCGUCAGCUCGUUUUGGACCCUCAUGCAUCGAGGGACUUGGGGGAGGUGGGUGUUCAUAGCGGGGCACCACUGGUGGAGGAGAGGGAGAGACGAGCGGAGCAGCACGGAGCCGCCGGAGCGGGCGGAGUUGAGGGUAUUCAGGGUAUGGAGGAGGAGGUUGCUGGAGCAGUGGGGGGCGUGGUGGAUGUAGCUGAUGGUGCGCACAUCGAGAGAGAGGAGGUCAUGGUGAGGGUGCAUGAUGGUGAGCAGGUUGAGAGAGUGGAGGGCGUGCUGCCGUCGGAGGUUGAGAGAGAGGAGGAUGUGGUGAGGACGCAGGUUGAGAGAGAGGCGGGCGUGGCAGGGGUAGAUGAUGGUGAUGCCAGUGUGCAGGUUGAGAUGGAGGAGGACGUGGUGAGGGCAGAUGCUGCUGUGUUGGUUGGGGAAGAGGAGGGCGUGGUAGGGGGGGGCGUCGCCCAUGGUAGAGGAGAGGGAGGCGACCACCUUUACCCGAUCGUCCAGUGUUUCGUCAAUGACGAGAUGGGUCCCGCACUAGCGGGUGGCCUCAAAGCCGCGCGGCCGCUCGGACAUGUCCGCGGGGUUGCGGGCCUGGCCACGGCCACGGACUUGGCCGCGCUUGGCCGCCACCGAGGGGGAUUCGUAGCGUGGGGGUGGAGAGGUCGGGUCUACCUUGCAGGCCGCUUUGGCAGCAGCAGCACACGUGUUAUGCGUGACAAGACUCCGCACAAGAGCGGAGCAGCUCGUCAGCGUCCCAUGCCUGUUGCGGUGGGUGCCGCAUUGGGGGAGUCUUCUGGAGCCGAGGGGUUGGGGAUGCCGCGCGAUUCACGUUGUGAGAAGACAGUCGUAGAGGUGACUCAUGUGAGUGCUAGGGUUAUUCGGGUGAGGAUGGGGGCUGGCCUUGUGACCGUGGUGGAGGACGAUCCCAAGACGGAGCCUGCACGUGAGGAGGCCCCACAUGAGGAUGACGAGUACAGGGAUAACGAGGAGAGUGAGGAGGAGGAGAGCGACAGCGGGGAGGACGGCAGCUACGACGACGACGACGAACCCUCCCCUCUACCGCGGCGUGGUUCUGGUAGACGAUUUGGCUCUAGUAGACGACGCGAUGACGUCGACGACCCGUCCCCUCCAGGGCGGUGGGAGGCGAGGAGUCGGAGGAGGCGAGGGUCAUCCGUUGCGACCGUGCCAGGGCGAGGGAGUGUUUCAUCGACACGCAACACGGGUGGGGAGAGGCAGAGAGGCAGUGGUAAGGGGAAGGGAGGUCGACGUUAUUGACAACUUCGUUCCCCUUCCACGUCGCCUUUAUGUUGUUUGUGCUCAGUGUUAUGACCUUUUUGUA